GAACUACUCGCCUUCUCCAACUUUUAAAACUCAUCAUAAAUAAAAAGGUAGCCGGAAAAAAAAAAAAAGAGAGUCUUUUUCUCUUUCCUUUUAAAUCCAAAUCCUAUAAACUCAUAGCUUCUCUGUUCUUUACUUAUACCUCACGUUAUAUAUAUAGCUUCUAUAAAUGCUUCUCUUUCCUCUCGAAUCAUCUUCUUCCUUGGCUUCUCUCAUUUCCACACUCACCUUCUUCUCUAUAUAAACCCUAUCAUCUACUUCACUCUUCCUCUAAUUCUCUCUCUCUCUAUCUCUUUUCUCUCUACUCUGUUUUUUCUCCUCUCUCUCUCUCUCAAAGGCAAAUAUGACGGUGGUGAGAGAGUACGACCCGAGCCGAGACUUAGCCGGUGUGGAGGAUGUAGAGCGACGGUGUGAGGUCGGACCAAGCGGCAAGCUUUCCCUCUUCACCGACCUUUUGGGUGACCCGAUUUGUAGGAUCCGACAUUCACCUUCUUUUCUUAUGCUGGUGGCUGAGAUGGGUACGGAGAAGAAGGAGAUAGUGGGCAUGAUUAGAGGUUGCAUCAAAACCGUUACAUGUGGCCAAAAACUCGAUUUAAAUCACAAAUCACAAAACGACGCCGUUAAGCCACUUUACACUAAACUCGCCUACGUUUUAGGCCUCCGUGUCUCUCCGUCUCACAGGAGGCAAGGGAUAGGGCUUAAGCUCGUGAAGAUGAUGGAGGAAUGGUUUAGGCAAAACGGUGCAGAAUAUUCGUAUAUCGCAACUGAAAACGACAAUGAAGCUUCCGUUAAUCUUUUCACCGGAAAAUGCGGUUACUCUGCGUUUCGUACACCGUCGAUUUUGGUCAAUCCGGUUUACGCACAUCGGGUCAACGUCUCGCGUCGAGUUACAAUCAUCAAAUUAGACCCGGUCGACGCAGAAUCGUUGUACCGACUCCGGUUCAGCACAACCGAAUUUUUCCCGCGGGAUAUUGACUCGGUGCUGAACAACAAACUCUCGCUCGGGACUUUCGUCGCGGUGCCACGUGGUAGCUGUUAUGGAUCCGGGUCUGGAUCAUGGCCCGGUUCGGCUAAGUUCCUCGAGUACCCACCCGAGUCGUGGGCUGUGUUGAGCGUGUGGAACUCCAAAGAUUUGUUUCGGUUAGAGGUUCGUGGCGCAUCGCUGUUGAGACGCGUGGUGGCUAGAACGACGAGGGUGGUUGAUAAAACGCUGCCGUUUUUGAAGCUCCCUUCGAUCCCAUCGGUUUUUAAACCGUUUGGGCUUCAUUUUAUGUACGGGAUCGGUGGAGAAGGCCCACACGCGACGAAAAUGGUGAAGUCGUUGUGUGCUCACGCGCAUAACCUGGCCAAGGAAGGAGGCUGUGGCAUUGUGGCGGCGGAAGUGGCCAAAGAAGAGCCGUUGCGGCGAGGGAUACCGCACUGGAAAGUGCUAUCGUGUGCUGAGGAUCUUUGGUGUAUUAAACGGCUUGGAGAAGACUACAGUGAUGGUGUUGUUGGUGACUGGACUAAAUCGCCACCUGGCGUUUCGAUUUUUGUGGAUCCUAGAGAGUUUUAAUUUUUUUUCUUUUUAACCUUUGAUAAUAUAGAAUCAGAAUCUUGUAGUUAACCUUUUAUGUCAUAUUACGGGUUUUUCUUGUAAGCGCUUAGAUUUUAAUUUUCCUCUUAGAUCUUCUUGAUGGGGGUUUUUAGUUUUAUAUAUUGUCUUCUUUUUUUUUUCCUAGGUAAUCUUUCUUUUUUGUUUGUGGGUGUUAAAUUAGUGGUAAGAGGCAAUAUCUCCAACUUUUGGGUUUGUGUCUUCUUGUCUUGUAAAUGGAUCUAGCUUUUUAAGAUACUUUUUCUCUGGCCAAAUUAAAAUGCCG